AUGCGUCCCAUCAACAUUGCUUUGGCGGCAUCCCUCUCUGUGGGCACCGCACAGGCUGCUCUCAGCAUUGUGCCUGGAGCAACUUGGACUGCCACAAACACCGGAGAGCAUGUCCAGGCUCACGGCAAUGGCAUCAUCGAGGAAAAUGGAGUCUACUACAUGAUCGGUGAAGAGAAGACCGACGGUUCGGCCUUCCAGGCCGUUAACUGCUACUCCUCCACGAACCUGAUCGAGUGGAGCUUCGAAGGACGCCUCAUCGAACGCACUGAAGAAGCAGGGGACCUCGGCCCGAACAGAAUCAUCGAGCGUCCCAAGGUCAUCAAGAACGACAGCACCGGCAAAUACGUCCUGUAUCUCCACAUCGAUUCCUCGGACUACAAGGACGCCCGCGUCGGCGUCGGAAUCGGCGACAGCGUCUGCGGAACGUACGAGUAUCUCAGAAGCUUCCGCCCCUUGGGCUUCCAAAGCCGUGACAUCGGUGUCUAUAAGGAUGACGAUGGCAAGGCCUACCUUCUGACCGAGGACCGCGAGUACGGAACCCGCAUCAUCAAGCUCACUGACGACUACCUCGACGUUGAAGAGGUAACCUUUGGCUGGGAGUACUUCGCAGAGUCGCCGGCCCUCGUCAAGCGUAAUGGGCAUUACUUCAUCUUCGGAUCCCAACUGACUGGAUGGAACCCGAACGACAACGUGUACAGCUACGCCGAGUCCCUCUCCGGACCCUGGUCCAACUGGACCGAGUUCGCACCCGUGGGAUCCAACACCCACGCCAGUCAAGUCAGCUACGUCCUCCCCCUCGGCAACGAUAAAGCGAUCUACAUGGGUGACCGCUGGCACUCGACAAACCUGGCCGCGAGCACCUACAUCUGGCUCCCCCUGAACUUCGACGGCACCACCGUCACCCUGGACUGGCACGACUCCUGGACCGUCGACGUCGCGGCGGGCACGUGGUCCGAAGCCAAGCCCACGCUGGAGCUCGAGGGCGAGGAUGCCGAGCUCGCCAACGGCGCGCGUGCCGUCGAUUGCUCCCAGUGCAGCGGGUCCUCGGCGGCCGGAUACCUGGGCGGCGACGAGGACGGCUCCGCGGCGUUCACGUUCGAGUCGGGCGCGGCUGAUCGCGUGACGUUGGUUGUCAAGCACAAGAACGGCGACACGGCGUCUCGCCACGCAGCCGUCUCGGUCAAUGACGAGGAGCAGAAUGUGGCUUUCCUCGCGACGAACCAUCACCCUGAUAGAGCGGGAAGCAGCACUGUUCACGUUGACCUGAAGGCGGGUACGAACACUGUCAAGUUCUCGAGGUCCGAGGGAUGGGGUCCUGAUGUCGACCAGCUGAUCGUCCCUCAGCUCUGA